AUGGCAGCAACCGUUGGUAUCGUCACUAGCGCGCUGAGCGUGGCUGCGCUUUUCAACAAUACUGUCGACACGUUUGGGUAUAUCCAGCUCGGCCGCAACUUCGAACCCGACUUCACCCAGUGCAAGACGACGCUCGCGAUUGCCCAGUGGCGCCUGGACCGCUGGGCACAAUCAGUGCAUCUCUACGAGGACCCGCGAUUCAUGGUUGACUCGCCCGCAGAUGAGCAAGCGAAGCUCAUACACGCUGUCCUGAUGAGCAUUGAUGCUCUGUUUCUAGACACCCGCAAGGCUUCUAAGCGCUGUGAGCAGGCACUGACGACAAGAGGGGAUGAACUCGUCCCUUGCACUGUGGAUACACACGUGGACAAGACGGGCCGGAAAACGCAUGACUGGCUCUCAAAAGUCACGGCUAGCCGAGGAGGACGAGGCGCCAAUCUCAUGGACAAGACAUUUUGGGCUAUAUACGACGCCAAGAAUUUCGACAAACUGAUAGUAGACCUCACGGGGCUCAUUGACGGCCUAGAGAAGUUAUCCUCUACGCAUUUUAUUCCAGUCCGUCGCCACAUCGUCUCGCGUGAGAUCGAGGAGAUGGAAAGUGACGAGGAGAACGAGGAUGACACGACUGCAAGCUUGAGGUUGUUGCAAGGCGCUGCGAGCAACGUCGACGCGGUCCUGCAAGAAGUGGUCACGGCCAAGAUUGAGACGCUGAGCGACGGCCACAAUCGCAUUGGGGAGCUGACGGCCACAAAUGAGGCGAGAGUACAGAAUGGAGAUCAGUGGACUGACCGGGGACUGGCAUCCGCUGGCAAAGCCUCCGGUUUGAGAACAUCAACGAAGAACGAGGUGAAAAAGGCAAAUCUGGCAGGACGUUCUAGACUACUAGUCGGAACGAGUUAUGGUGGUUCGGGUUUUUGGGAUGAGAAACCAGCAAAGGGUUCUUGUAAUUCAUCACGAUGCACAUGCGGAAACUGCUGA